CCGCCCCCGUUGCCCCUAGCGGCUGUUUGUUGACUUCCGGGAGCGCGGUUGUAGUUGAUCCACGGAGUUUCGCCAUGCGGAACUGGGGGGCUUUCGCGGCCCGAGUGGGGGCGGAGUAGCUGCCUUAGCCCCGACCAAACCGUCCUCUACAGCCUCCUGGCCCAGGCGCAGGCUGCCCGUACCGCCCUUGGCAUGAAGGAGCCCGAAGAGCUGUUGCCCGAUUCGGGUGCUGUGUUUACAUUUGGGAAAAGUAACUUUGCUGAAAAUAAUCCCAGUAAAUUCUGGUUUAAAAAUGAUGUCCCUGUACAUCUUUCAUGUGGAGAUGAACACACUGCUGUUGUUACCGGAAAUAAUAAACUUUACGUGUUUGGUAGUAACAGCUGGGGUCAGUUAGGAUUAGGAUCAAAGUCAGCCAUCAGCAAGCCAACAUGUGUCAAAGCUCUAAAACCUGAAAAGGUGAAAUUAGCUGCCUGUGGAAGGAACCACACCCUGGUGUCAACAGAAGGAGGCAAUGUAUAUGCAACUGGUGGAAAUGAUGAAGGACAGUUGGGGCUGGGUGACACUGAAGAAAGAAACACUUUUCAUGUAAUUAGCUUUUUUACAUCCGAGCAUAAGAUUAAACAGCUCUCUGCUGGAUCUAAUACUUCAGCUGCCCUAACUGAGGAUGGAAGACUUUUUAUGUGGGGUGACAAUUCCGAAGGGCAAAUUGGUUUAAAAAAUGUAACUAAUGUCUGUGUCCCUCAUCAAGUGACCAUUGGAAAACCUGUCUCCUGGAUCUCUUGUGGAUAUUACCAUUCAGCUUUUGUAACAACAGAUGGUGAGCUAUACAUGUUUGGAGAACCUGAGAAUGGGAAGUUAGGUCUUCCUAAUCAGCUCCUGAGCAAUCACAGAACACCGCAGCUGGUGUCUGAAAUUCCUGAGAAGGUGAUCCAAGUAGCUUGUGGCGGAGAGCAUACUGUGGUUCUCACAGAGAAUGCUGUGUAUACGUUUGGCCUGGGACAGUUUGGUCAGCUGGGUCUUGGCACUUUUCUUUUUGAAACUUCAGAACCCAAAGUCAUUGAGAAUAUUAGGGAUCAUACAAUAAGUUAUAUUUCUUGUGGAGAAAAUCACACAGCUUUGAUAACAGAUAUCGGCCUUAUGUAUACUUUUGGAGAUGGUCGCCACGGAAAAUUAGGACUUGGACUGGAGAAUUUUACCAAUCACUUCAUUCCUACUUUGUGCUCUAAUUUUUUGAGGUUUAUAGUUAAAUUGGUCGAUGAAAUAAGUGAUACUUGCUUAUCUGUGGAGACUUUUCUGCCGUAUGGCAGUUUAACCUCAGGAAAUGUACUGCAGAGAACUCUAUCAGCACGUAUGCGGCGAAGAGAGAGGGAGAGGUCUCCAGAUUCUAUUUCAAUGAUGAGGACACUACCUCCAAUAGAAGGGACUCUUGGCCUUUCUGCUUGUUUUCCCCCCAAUUCGGUCUUUGCACGUUGUUCUGAGAGUAACCUCCUACCGAGCGUCUUAUCUGAACAGGACCUCAUGCGCCCAGAGGAACCAGAUUAUUUUCUAGAUGAAAUGACCAAAGAAGCAGAGAUAGAUAAUUCUUCAACCAUAGAAAGCCUUGGAGAAACUACUGAUAUCUUGAAUAUGACACACAUUAUGAGCCUGAAUUCCAAUGAAAAGUCAUUAAAAUUAUCACCAGUUGAGAAACAAAAGAAACAACAAACAGUUGGGGAACUGAUGCAGCAUACAGCUCUUACUGAAAGCGAUGACAGUGAUGAAUAUGAAGAAAUGUCAGAAAUGAAAGAAGGGAAAGCACGUGAGCAACAUGCGUCGCGAGGGAUUUUCAUGACGCAGCCAGCUACGCCUAUCGAAGCAUUUUCAGAUGAGGAACUAGAGAUCCCAGAGGAGAAGGAAGGAGCAGAGGAUUCAAAAGGAAAUGGAAUAGAGGAGCAAGAGGUAGAAGCAAAUGAGGAAAAUGUGAAGGUGCAUGGAGGAAGACAGGAGGAAACAGAGAUCCUAUCAGAUGACCUUACAGACAAAGCAGAGGUGAGUGAAGGCAAGGCAAAGUCAGCAGGAGAAGCAGAGGAUGGGCCUGAAGGUAGAGGGGAUGGAACCUGUGAGGAGGGUAGUUCAGGAGCAGAACACUGGCAAGGUGAGGAGAGGGAGGAGAAGGGGGAGAAAGACAAGGGUGGAGGAGAAAUGGUGAGGCCGGGAGAGGGAGAGAAGGACCUAGCAGAGGAGGAGGAAUGGGAGAAGAGGGAUGGGAAAGAGCAGGAGCAAAAGGAGAGGGAGCAAGGCCAUCAGAAGGAAAGAAACCAAGAGAUGGAGGAGGGAGAAGGGGAGGAGGAGCAUGGAGAAGGAGAAGAAGAGGAGGAAGACAGAGAAGAGGAAGAAGAGAAAGAGGAGGAGAAGGAGGGAGAGGGGAAAGAGGAAGGAGAAGGGGAAGAAGUGGAGGGAGAAGGUGAAAAGGAGGAAGGACAGAGGGAAAAUGAGGAAAGAGUGAGGAAGGAGGAGAAAGGAGAAGAGGAAGGAGACCAAGGAGAAGGGGAAGAGAAGGAAACAGAGGGGGAAGGGGAGCAAAAAGAGGAGGGAGGGGAAGUAGAGGAGGGGAAAGGAGAGGGGGAAAAGGAGGAAGGGAAGGGGGAAGAGGAAGAAGGAGAAGGGGAGAGGGAAGAGGAAGAAGGAGAAGAGGAGGGGGAAGAGGAGGAAGGAGAAGGGAAAGGGGAGGAGGAAGAAGGAGAAGAGGAGGGGAAAGAGGAGGAAGGAGAAGGGAAAGGGGAGGAGGAAGAAAGGGAAAGGGAGGAAGGAGAAAGGGAAGGGGGAGGGGAGGAAGGGGAGGAAGGGAGAAGGGAAGGGGAAGAAGAGGAAGGAGAAGGGGAGGGAGAAGAGAGGAGAGGAGAGGGGAGGGAGAGAGAGGGAGGAAGGGGAGAGAGGGAGGGAAGGGGAAGGAGAAGGAGGGGACAGGGGGAGGGGAGAGAGGAGGAAGGGGAGGGAGGAAGGAGAGAGGAGGAGGAAGAGGAGGAAGGAGAGGAGGGAGAGAGGAGGAAGGAGAGAGGAGGGAAGAGGGAGGAAGGAGAGGGAGGGAAGAGGAGGAAGGAGAAGGGAGGGGAAGGAAGAGGAGGAGAGAGGGGAGGGGAGGAAGGGAGAAGGGAAGGGGAGGAUGGAGAAGGGGAAGAGGAAGGAGAGAGGGAGGGGAGGGAUGGAGAAGGGGAAGAGGAAGGAGAAGGGGAGGGGGAAGAGGAGGAAGGAGAGGGGGAAGAGGAGGAAGGGGAAGAAGAAGGGGAGGAAGAAGGAGAGGGAGAGGAAGAAGGGGAGGGAGAAGAGGAGGAAGGGGAAGUGGAAGGGGAGGAGGAAGGGGAAGUAGAAGGGGAGGAGGAAGGGGAGGUAGAAGGGGAGGAGGAAGGGGAGGUGGAAGGAGAGGAAGAGGAAGGAGAGGAGGAAGGGGAAGAAAGGGAAAAGGAGGGGGAAGGAGAGGAAAACAGGAGGAACAGAGAAGAGGAGGAGGAAGAAGAGGGGAAGUACCAGGAGACAGACGAAGAAGAGAAUGAAAGGCAGGAAAGGCAGAAUGGAGAAGAGUACAAAAAAGUGAGCAAAAUGAAAGGAUCUGUGAAAUAUGGCAAACAUAAAACAUAUCAAAAAAAGUCAAUUACUAACACACAGGGAAAUGGGAAAGAGCAGAGGUCCAAAAUGCCAGUGCAGUCAAAACAACUUGUAGAAAACGGGCCACCAGGUUCCAAAAAGUUCUGGAAUAAUGUAUUACCACAUUAUUUGGAAUUGAAGUAACAAACCUUAAAUGUGACCCGAUUAUGGCCAGCCAAACAAUUUAAAUGCCUUGCAUAUAACAGGCACUCAUUACAUGUUGUUAAAUUGAUUUUAUGUCAGUUAUUUUAUGUGUAGUAAAAAAAAGCAACUGAUGCAGCUGUGUUAAGGAGCCAAAGACAACAGGAGGCACUGGUAAAUUUUGGCCUCUCUCAGACUAAAAUUUUGGUGUAUUUCACCCCCAAAUUAUAAAACCAUAGCUAGAAAAUAUUAAAAGGUCAUAUCAGAUUAUUAACAUUAUCUAUUCAUUAAAGGCAGCUUUAGGAAAUAAGAAUAUACUACAAGAGUGUUUUGAUUGUGUGUAUAAAUCAUUCCAUUUUUAAAUGGCACAAAUGCUUAAGGGCUAUAAAAACUUCUAAUUUCUUAUAAAUAUGUUAGCACUUUUUUUAAGUUAGUGAUUACAGUUUACCUGCUGUAUAGAAUAAUUUUCUAAUAAUGGAUGGUAUUCUGAAACUCAAUUGAGGCAUUCACAUUUUAAAGAAAGUAUUGUCUUUUACCUUUUAUAUGUUCUUUUUGCAAAAAUCUACAAAGUGACAGCUGUGGUCAGAGCUUAGCUCCCAAAAACGUGAUCUCUUUUAGUUAGUAUCUGGCCAGAUGGCAGUAUACCUAAUGAAAUGGUGAUUAAUUUAAAUGUAUAAUCUGGAAAUAUGUAAAACUUGAAGUAUUUUUUGUCCAGGCAAAGCUACUCAUUGGGCUUCGGUUUCCUCAUCUCUAAAAUGGAGUGGAUGAGAUGAUGUGAUAACUGCAGUCCCUUCUAACUCUUAAAUUCUUUUCAUUCUCACAGAUUUACUCUAUCAUUGUUAUUCGUGUAGGAAACGUUUUAGGGAAGAAAAAUUACACUUUAAAAUUAAUUUAGUUUUCUAUACAGUUGUUUUCUUUACUCUUGAAAAGUUAUGACAGCUUUAAUGUCUCUUGUCUUCUGUAAUUUUUUAUUUCUAAACUCCUGUCAUUUCCAAGCUUUAACUGUACUUUAUCAGAGCCUUCAUUUCCGGUAUGUGUUAUAUGCCCUCAAUGUAUUCAUUGACUAUUCUGUAAUUUCAGUUUGUCUGUUGCUUGUCAGAAUGUUUCAAGUAAAAUAAAAAAUUAAAUGUA